AUGCGUUUAAGCUGCGUGCUGCUGAUUGCUGUAGUCGUGCUUCUGUCAAGCUGUGACGAUACCUCGGCAAAUAAUACUGGCCAAGCUUUGAAGACGAAGACCAUGGAGUCGGGAGAUGCUCUUGUCCCUGACACUACCCAGCGAUUGCUACGGACACAACAGAUCAGCGGUACAGAUGCCGUCGCGUCUAACGAUGAAGAGAGGGCCCCCUUGAGCUUGAAGAAUCUGCUGAACGUGGUCAGGUUUAAAGCGGCUACGAACGAUUUUGCUAGGUCGAACCUGGACAAAAUGCUGUCGGAUCCCAUAUUCAAGAUGGAAAUGUUUCAAAGGUGGAAUGCGAAGUACAGCGCUGACAAAGUCAUAAGAAUACUCGAUAUUAGCAAGACGAAGAACAUCCCCUACGGAGCAAUGCUCCAAGAGUUUCUCAAUACCUACGGACGUAGACCGAUCAAGACCCAAUAG